UCUUGCUAGUCUUUUACCGAAAGCCAGAAAAGAAGAAAUACUUGACAGAUCACGCAUGUUUCUUCAAGCUGACAUAGUGGGACACGAUGUAGCGUCCUGUGAAAUGUUGUUCAUUCCCGUAUGCGAGAAUAACCAUUGGCACCUUCAUGUGCUGAACAUUCCGGCUGGCCGUAUCGAGAUCCUUUCUAGUCUGCCACUACGAAGAGGGAACUACAUUAGUGCUUCCACUAGGCGAUUAUCAAUGGCUUUGGAGAGAGCAUUGCAUGCACAUGGAAUUCAUGUGAAUGUGGAGGUUUCAAAAUUGGUCCAUGUACAGCCAGAUCUAGUGCAACAAAAAAAUGGGUAUGACUGUGGUAUUUUUGCACUCAAGUACAUGGAAUAUUGGAAUGGGGCUACCUUAACACAAGCAGUUGCAGAGGAGAAAAUGCAUGUUUACAGGUUGCAAAUGGUUGUGACAUUGCUCCUUAAUGAAGCCAACAAUGUUAGGGGAAAUAUUAUACAGGCAUGUGGAUUGUGAGAGGUUAUCG